UUUAGCUGGUUUUAAAUGAAAUUUGAAGACGCUUGGACACGAGCGAAUUCGCGCGCCUCCUUAACAUCUGCAAAACCCAUUUCACACCCACACAUAGACUGUUCCUCUCUUCCGAUCACCCUAUCCGCCAUGGAUACCUCUCUCAUUUCCAAGCUAGAAGCUUCGGACUCCGUCGGUAUAUACUGUCUCUUCUCCCACCAUCUCCGCUCCUUCUCAGACCUCAAAAAUCUCAAGAAAACUAAGAAAUCCACCGCCUCCAAGGACGAACAGUCCCUUGCUCGCUCACUGGCGAAGUCUUUUCUUCCCUUCCUUAACACCGCCCUUUCUGUUCUCCCCAAGCGCCUCGCUGAACCUUCGAAAUUCGGUGCCGAGCAAUUGGCCGUGGAAUUCUUUGAUGUUUACAGGCUUUGCUUGGAUUGCUUGGACUCCGUUUCUUCGCAGCUUGAUUGCAAACCCCAUACCGUACAAGCUCAGAGGGUUCGGAUGGUGCAUUGUUUGGACACCUGGGGCCGGUGGAAGGAGGCGGAGGAGGAAUCUUUGAGGGUUUUGGAGGGCCUUAGGAGUGUCAGUUCCGGUGCUGAGUCGGCGAAAUCAGAGCGAAGUUUGCUGCCGGUUUUAGGGAAAGGUAGUGCCGAUAAAAGUUUGGGAUUGCUGAUUGUGGAGAUUGUUGUGACGCUCGUGAAGUGUGCUUCGAUGGAUCGGAGUAAGGGUUGUGAGGACUUUAGGAGAGUACUUCUUUUGAUGGAAGAAGCAAGGCCGUGGUUCAGGGUAUUAGAUGCAAAUGCAUAUGAGAAGUUGCACAGGAUUCUUGUUUCCCACUUGGGAAGGUGCACUCUGUUAAUUGUUGGGGACUUAACAAUCAUUGAUGACAAUUUGGCACGUGAUUUCUGCUUUACAACUAUGGCCGAGCAUGCCAAGUCAUUAACCAAAGAUCAAAUGUACAAGUUUGCUCGUAGGUUAUGCUCUUCUUUAUUCUCACUACAAGAUAGCAGAUCAACUUUGAUCAUUGAUAUACUAAUAGGCAUUAUGGAUUCUCUUGCCCAUGAUGGAAAGGUAGAAAUGGAAAACAAUGCAAUGGAAUUUGUUGAAUUGGUUGCUUAUUGUGCCAAUAAAUGUCAAGCAAAAAGCCCCAAUAUUUGCAAUGCCAUUGGAGCCUAUCUAAACAAAAUAGCAGAUGAUUUCGAUCAGGUGAAGACACCCUUUUGUUUGAUUCUAAGGCUUUAUGCUAAGGGGUUGCUUUUUAUGCAUUUCAAAUUGAAGUCAAGAUGUAACGAUCCUGCAUCAUCUGGAGGUGUAAUAAAAUCCUUAUGUGAUUCAGUGGAUACCCUGAAGAAUUUAUCGUGUUUACUUUGUUCUUUAGAAAGUUACUUUAAUAUUGGGUGCCAAAAUAGUUGUCAAUCCUCGAGUGAUGAUUUUAAGGAUGCCACUUGUCUACUAUCCUCACCGUGUAUAUCUCAAAACGAGGCAUGUACAAGGAUGAAUCAUAAAGAUGGAAAGGCUUACCUUCUGUCUUACUUAACUGCAUUGAAGUACAUAUGCCUGCCGCUUGCAGAAUCAGUAAAUUCAGAAAAAAAAGAGAUAAUAAUUGGAAGUGAGGCUGCUGCUGUUUCGAGCAAACUUUCUGACAUACAGGGGGUGCUUGAUCAGUUUUGUAAUGUUUUCCUUUUUUGUAAAAGGUGUAAAUGUACUUCUGAAGGAGAGAGAGAUGGAUUUGAUGAAAGCAGUAUUCUGAGUAUAGCUGUAGCAUUGUUUAUUGUCUCCAUCAGAACAAGUCUUAAUAUGCAGAAGAGUGUGCACUUACUUAAAGAUGUGAUUUCCAGUGAAUGGAUUCAACCUCAAGGGUUAAAAUAUCUCUAUUGUUCUCUAUACAAUAUUGGUGUAAUUCUCUACAGGAACAAGCAACUUAAAGAGGCUUCAAAGGCAUUGAAGUUGAGUUGUACGUCAUCAUGGACUUACGUUCUACAUCUUUGCGACAUGGUUUUACGGAAACCAGAGGAGUCCAUUUCUGCAGAAGAUUCUAUUAUCAAUUUUGUUAACGAGUCAUGUACAAAAACUGCUUUUCUUUUGGAGGUUCUCCAUCAAUGUGACAGUAAUAAGAUGAAAAAGGUAAUUGCAGAAAGCCUAGAAAAUUGGUCAGUUGCUGCAAACCUAUUUAGCAAGCUUCCAGGUCCCAUGCCUUUGGUGAAACAAUGGGUGAAGAACGAAUUGAAAAGACAUAAAAAUGCUGAUGUUGAAGAUGCUGCAUCAUCCUUGUACCAUGUUUUGUCAUCUUCAAAAGAAGUGUCAAAGAGAGCAAUGGGAGUAAUCUUGGAGCAGGAACUUCUUGCCUAUGAACAAGUGACUGCUCUCCAACCUGAGCUGUGUCAGAGAAUGCAAAUGAAAAUUAUAGGUCAUCUCUUGGAAGAAUUGUGUGUUACUUCAGAAAGUUGGUUACAGAGAUCAAAGAUUUUAAUGAUAAAGGGAAGAACAUUAAGGCUCAAUGGAAUGCAUUGUUUGAAGGAUUGCAUUCAAUGCAUGUCAGAAGCAAUAUCUUUGAUUUUACUGAAGCAGAAAGUGAUGUCUGGUGGAAAAAGUAGCUAUGGAGUCGAACCUAGUCAUCAAUUAGCUGUGGCACAUUGCCUUCGGGCAUUCUGCACUCAGGAAGCAGAACCAAAUUCAAAGCAAGUCCUGGAAGAUAUCAGAAUGGCAAUUAACUUAUGGUUGAGCAUUAUUACUCCAGAUUGUUUCUCUGCUGAAGAAAAGUGCUUUGGAGUGUUCGAAAAUAUGAUUAUUUUACUGUAUAGUAUUAUUGAUCUGUUAUCAGUUAAGGGUUGCAUGGGCUAUCACAAUGAUAUAUAUAAGCUCAUGAUCAGAUUAUUUCAUGGGAAAGGGGUUCCAUUGGAGAAGUUCUUCGCUGUACUGUGGGAAGGUAGGAGGACAAGACACGCUCUCUGCAUUUCACCAGUUAAUGAUGCAUUCUUAAAGAGCUUAGCCGAUCACUAUGAUGAAGAUACCAAGUCUAUUGAUUUUUGGAUAAAAUGUUUGAAAGGAUCCCGACCCUUGCUAGUUGGAUUCCAACAUAGUUUCUCUUGUCUAUCUGCAAACUUUCCUCGAGGUUCGCUUGAACACGAAAGUUUUUUUUGUUCAGAUAUCAGAGAAGAUGAAGUUGAAAAAGUUGCUUUUGAGCUCAUUUCAAAUGCUCCUGCUUCCAGUUCUGUUUUUGUGGCUAGCAAUCUUUUCUAUGAUUUGAGUGAAAAACUUAUUUCAAAUGGGCAUAUAACAAAGGCUCUUUUUUAUGCAAAACAAGCUCACCGGUUACGCAAUAAAAUAUUUGAAGAGAAAUUUAAGUUCUCUGUGAAACACCAUACUGAAAUGUCCAACGAAACUAGGGAGGUUGCUCAGAAGUUUACCUACAGCCUUCAGGAUCUGCAAGUGCGCAGAUCAGUUGCUAAUGACUUUUGGUCCUUUGAUUCUAUUUCAUGGGACCUGGAAAGUUGUUAUCUUAGUCCAUGGAUUGCACUUCAAUGCUACCUUGAAAGCACGCUUCAGGUUGGUAUCACUUAUGAACUUAUGGGUAAUGGAUCUGAAGCUGAAAGUCUUUUUCUUUGGGGAAAAAGUAUAUCCUAUGCACAGAACUUGUCACUAUUCAUGAUUGCUUUCUCUUCUGUUUUGGGUAUGCUGUACUGUAAGAAGCAGCUUUGGGAUUUGGCAGAAAGAGAACUUCAAGGUGCUAAGCAAUACUUUGAUGACAGAAGCUCAGAAAUUUCUUGCUUAAAAUGCAGAUUGAUGCUGAAGAUAACUAUUGAUCAGCAUCUUGUUGACUUAUCCCAAAGCAUUAUGGAUAAUUCCAGUAGGAAAUUAUCUAUGGACACUUCAUUACAUGCUGAGACUUUGUAUAAAUCAGCUAUUGAUCAGCUAAAUCAUUCUGAUUGGACAAGCUCUGCUAGUUUACCUAAAGAAGCUAGUGCUGGGAAUAUUGUGCUUCAACUUGUAAAAGACGUUGACUACAGUGUUAGCAAUACUUCUGCUCACACUGAAGAAGCUCAGCAGGAUAUAAAUAAGCCCUCUAGAAAGGGGCCAAAAGAAAAAAAGGAAGUUAAAAGCUGUAGAAAUACACGGAAUUUAACAAAAGUUAUGUUGAAGGAUCAAGAUCUAAUGCCUGAGAAAACUUUUAGAUCUACUCGUUCCAAAAAUCAAUCCUUUCAGAACAAAAAUAUCUCCAGCAACAUACAAGUUGGUGGUGAAAAUGAUAGCUCUGGCACUUUUAGCGAGAGGGAUUCGGUGUUGGAAAUUAAAACUAAUAAGAUUGCUUUUGGGAGUGAAGACAUAUGCUUUUGCAACAAAAUGAGGUGCUGGCACUGUGUUCAUUUGGAAGUUACAAAGAAUGGAUUGAUUGUCAACGCUAUAGAUAUGAAGUGGGAAUUUGUCCGCCGAAAGCUUUUGCUAAAGCUACUCACAAGCUUAGGAAACUACUUCGGGAAUCGUGGUCAAAUUCAUGAAGCACACGAAAUUUAUUUCCAAGUUUUAUCAAUCAUUGUUAAUCAGGGUUCUUUCCAUCUAACGAGCUCAUCUAUUUCUCUCUCUCACAUGCUUGAUAUAAUCAGGAAGGAAAUCCCGGGGGAUAUAUUAAGUGUUGAGCGUGCAGAAGUACUAUACAACAUAAGUUGGUUUUCUUUGAAAGGUUACCAUUCCAGAGAUACCAGGAAUAGUUGCUGUGAUUUGUCUCAUAUUCAGCCACAACAUAUUAUCUCCUGGUUGAUGCAUGCUUUUGUACUAUGCCAGGAAGUUCCUAUUCUCUUUCAGAAGGUCUCAAGGUUGCUUGCUGUUAUGUUCGUACUUGCUGCCUCUGGUGAGCUUUGUUCUCUUUCUUCUUCCAAAGAAGUCUCUGAGAGUCAUUGGGCUUCAUAUUUUCACCAAGCUUCGCUUGGGUCUCAUCUUAAUUAUCAAAUCUUUACUAAUAACAAUGGGAGGCAUAAAGUCCAACAUCUUGUGGAUGCUGAGGAUUCAAGUAGUACUGGCUCAACUUGUCGGGGAGCAGAAAUGCAGAAACCUAGGUUUGCACCCAAGUCUACACAAGAUUUUGAAGAAUAUGUAGAGAAUUUUUUUCAGGGCCUUCCUUGUACAACUGCAAUUUGUACAAGUAUGCUUGGAGGUUCUUUUGCUAAUUUAUUACAAGAGGUCCUACAACAGCCUUCAUGUGUCAGUGCAUGGAUGCUAGUAUCACGUUUGGACUCUAAGAGUCAACCUAUUGUUGUCCUACUUCCAGUAGAUUCUAUAUUAGAAGAAGUUUCAGAUGAUGCUGAAAGUUCUGGCUCUAGUAAUUUAUUGCAAAAAAAAGAUUCUGGCAAGCAUUGGCAAUGUCCUUGGGGCUCCACUGUGGUGGAUGAUGUAGCUCCAGAAUUUAAAUUGAUAUUAGAGGAAAACUACCUAUCAACUUCAACGUCCUCUUUAGAAGAUACAAAAGAGAAUAGGAAAUUAUGGUGGUCGUGGAGAAAGAAUCUUGAUCAUCGCCUAGGUGAAUUCCUUAGGAAAGUAGAGGAUAUAUGGUUGGGACCCUGGAAAUAUUUACUUCUUGGGGAGCGCUCUAGCUGCAAGCACCUAGAGUCUGUACAAAAGAAGCUGACUCGGUAUCUGAAAUCCAAAUGCAAAUUGGAUGUAAAUGAGAGUCUUCUUAAAGUUAUUCUUGGGGCUCCUAGCGAUGCCUUUGAUGAAGAAGGAUUCACUUCACAGCUAUAUUUGAGUAAGGCUUGCUACAUUGGUAGAAUUGGUUGUUGUGAGAAACUGUCUAGUUUGGCCUUGGAACAAAUAUGUGAAGCAGUGAAGGAACUUGAAAGUGAUGACUUUAUGGAUCGUCAACCAAUAGUGUUAAUACUUGAUUCUGAUGUGCAGAUGCUUCCAUGGGAGAAUAUUCCGAUACUAAGAACCCAAGAGGUUUAUCGCAUGCCUUCUAUUUGGAGUAUCUCUGCAAGGCUAGAUAAAAGCUAUCACGACCAAGUUAGAAGCUUCCCCUUCAUAGAUCCCUUGGAUGCAUUUUAUCUAUUAAACCCUGAUGGUGAUCUUAGCUGCACACAAAAUGAAUUUGAGAAUUGGUUUAAAGAUCAACAGUUGGAGGGGCAGGCUGGCGUCGCACCCACUGCUGAAGAAUUAGCUGUGGCAUUGAAAAGUCAUGACCUCUUUAUAUAUUUCGGGCAUGGAAGUGGAGCACAAUAUAUUCCAAGGCAUGAAAUUCAGAAGCUGGAAAACUGUGCUGCAACUCUCCUGAUGGGUUGCAGUAGUGGCUCGCUGACACUGAACGGCUGUUAUGUACCCCAUGGUACACCAUUAUCCUAUCUGCUAGCUGGUUCUCCUGCGAUAAUUGCCAAUCUAUGGGAUGUCACAGAUAAGGAUAUUGAUCGAUUUGGAAAGGCCAUGCUCGAUGCCUGGUUGAAAGAAAGACUUGGUACCUCUUCGGGUUGUGAUAAAUGCAAUGUAUUAUCAGAAGAGCUUGAAGCUUUGAGCUUGAAGGGUAAAGGCAAUGCUAAAAGGAAAAUCUCAAAGAAAAAAUUGGCCGAAGCUAGCGAGCUAGAUCUUGCCAUGGAUUGUUGUUAUCAUAGACCGAAGAUUGGAUCUUUCAUGGGUCAAGCUCGUCAAGCAUGUACAUUACCUUUCUUAAUUGGAGCAUCACCUGUAUGCUAUGGGGUUCCAACAGGUAUACGGAAUAAGAAGGAUUUAUAGUAUCAUGCAAAAAUGGAGUUUUUUUUUAAACCCUUUUUGGCUAGCCUAGGAUUGUUGUUUUUUAUUCUAGCUUCAUCACUCAUAGUUUAUCAAAAUUAAAUUGCAAACUGAAAGUUCAAAAGAGCCUUAACCAUAAUUAAUAAGAUCAACAUCUAGGUAUGAACAUAGGAAACACCAUGUGGCGCCGUCAAACUUUGUACCUUUGUAGAAAUUUGCUUGCCAUUAUUAGCCCCGAGCCUUUAUUUGGCUCUAUACCAUCAUGUAAAUGCUACCCAUUUUUCUCAUGGGUUGAGUAUUCAAUUUAUAUUGUAAAUGUAAAGACAACUAUAUAAUACAUCGAAAUUAUAUUUUCUAUC